AUGCUUUUAAGAGUUAUGAAGAAAAAGGUCCUUUGGGUGAAGACUGGUCGACUGGUAGAGGUGGUGGAAACUGCUGUGAAGGGUACACUUAAUGUAGCAAAAGCAUGUGGUGAAGAAGUCAAGAGACUAGUUUUUGUGUCAUCUGCUGCUGCAGUGGGUAUGAAUCCCAAGUGGUCUGCGGGUCAAGUUUUGGACGAAACAUGUUGGUCUGAUAAGGACUACUGCAGAACUAUUAAGCACUGGUAUAGUCUUUCCAAAACAGAAGCAGAAAGUGAGGCUAUGGAGUUUGGAGAAAAAAGUGGCCUUGACGUUGUAGCUGUUUGUCCCAGUCUUGUUUUGAGGCCGAUUCUACAGACCAAUGUAAACGCAAGCAGCUUGAUUCUGCUUAAACUUUUUAAAGGAGGAAAUGAUGAGAGUGAGACAACAUUGGAAAACACGGAACGGAGGAUAGUGGAUGUACGGGAUGUAGCUGAAGCAGUGGUUAUGGCAUACGAGAAAACUGAGGCUCAAGGAAGAUACAUAUGCACCUCACAUCCAAUCAAGACAAGCCAUCUGGUAGAUAAGCUCAGAAUUAUAUAUCCACAUCCCAAUUUUCCCAACAACUUUUUUGAUGUAGAGGAAGAUAUAAGACUCAGUUCUGAAAAGCUGCAGAGGUUGGGUUGGAGUUUCCGAGCAUUGGAUGAAACUCUUAUGGAUUCCGUGAAGAGCUAUCAGGAAGCUGGACUUGUGGAUUAGGAAUAAUAUCAUGUAGGAUAAUGUUAUACAUGCUCUGCAAUAAUAUGCCAACUCUCUCACUUUCCUACUACCCUCACACCCAGCUUAAUUUUAAUGGCAAUUGAUACAUCAGCACUACGAGACCAAUGUUGGUGCAACCCAAGUGAGAAAUAACAUUUUUCUAUUUCAAAAAUAAAAACUUGAAUUUCUA